AUCAUGAGUGACCAGCUUAACAUGUCUAGUCUACACAUCCCAGAAGAUGAUGAGUAUCUCUUUUGUGAUGAGUGCAAAAUUAAAUACAUAGGAGAUUGUACUGAACAUGGUCCUCUAAAUAUUAUAUCAGAUUCACAGGUACCCCAAGACUGCAUCAAGGGCAAGGACACAAAUUAUUGUAGGAAAACACUGCCCCCUGGGCUGGUCAUUAAAACAUCUGGCAUACGUGAUGCUGGACUAGGAGUUUUCACCACAAGAUUUAUUUCUGCUCGUACAAGGUUUGGGCCUUACGUUGGGAAAAAAGAGCAAAAUAAGCAGAUAGCUCAUUAUUCACAGUAUUGCUGGCAGAUCUUCAAAGAUGGAAGGCCAUCCCAUUUUAUUGAUGCCAGUGACAGAUCUGAUUCUAACUGGAUGAGAUUUGUAAACUGUGCACGCUGUGAGGAUGAGCAGUGUGUCACAGCAUACCAGCACAAGGGGGAGAUCUUCUACAGGACUAACAGGGACAUUACUGCUGGCACAGAAUUACUGGUGUCCUAUGGAGACAACCGUGGCAGAGACCUGGGCAUUCAGGUAGAGAGUGUUGGUGUUAAAAGCAAGAACAGUUUAGCAAACAUGGUGAACAAUGACAGUGAUAUUGAUGCAUGCCAGUAUUACAGAUUGGAUUUUUCAGAACUUUCCAAUUCGAAUAGGGGUCUGGAUCUCAAUGAUAAUGACAGAGAACAUUCUUCCAUGACGACAUCUAACUUUCAUCAACGCCAUAGAAUUCAUACAGGAGAUAAGCCUUACAAGUGUGACAGGUGUAGUAAAUGUUUUAAAAAAAGCACCCCAUUAAAAAUUCACCAAAGAAUUCAUACAGGAGAAAAGCCUUACAAGUGUGACAAAUGUGGUAACUGUUUUGCGCAGCUUGGUAACUUGAAGAUACAUCAUAGAGCUCAUACAGGAGAGAAGCCUUAUAUGUGUGAUAUAUGUGGUAAAUGUUUCAUACAGCGUGCUGUUUUAAAGGAACACUUUAAAAUUCAUACAAAAGAAAAACCUCGCAAGUGUGAUGUAUGUGGUAAAUGUUUCAUUCAACUUUCUAACUUAAAAGAGCACCUUAGAGUUCAUACAGGAGAAAAGUCUAACAUGUGUAACAUAUGCAGUAAAUCGUUCACACGUCCUGCUUAUUUAAAGGAACACCUUAAAAUUCAUACAGAAGGAAAGCUUUUUAAGUGUGAAACUUGUGGUAAAUGUUUCUCUCAUCUUGUUGCUUUAAAGAGACACCAUAACAUUCAUACACAGAAAAAUUCUUUCAAGUGUGACAUAUGUGGUAAAUGUUUAACAAGACAGUAUAUUUUAAGGGCACACCUUAAAAUUCAUACAGGGGAAAAGCCUUACAAAUGUGACGUAUGUGGUAAAUGUUUCAUACAGAAAGCUGUUCUAAAGGAACACAUUAGAAUUCAUACAGGAGAAAAGCCUUACAAAUGUGACAUAUGUGGUGAAUGUUUCACAACGAGUGUUUUUUUAAAGGAACACUUUAAAAUUCAUACAGGAGAGUCAAACAAGUGUGAUAUAUGUGAUAAAUGUUUCAAAAAGUCUUCUCAUUUUAAGGAACACCUUAAAAUUCAUGGAGGAGAAAAGUCACACAUGUGUGAUAUAUGUGGUAAAUUUUUCUUACAGCGUUCACAUCUAAAGAAUCACCUUCAAGUUCAUACAGGCAAAAAGCAUUACAGGUGUGAUAUUUGUGGUAAAUGUUUCACCCAAUUAGCUCAUUUAAAGGAUCACCUUAAAAUUCAUACAGGAGAAAAGCCUUACAGGUGUAACAUAUGUGGUAAAUGUUUCACACAUUGUGUUGGCUUAAAGAGACACCAUAGACGGCAUACACACGAAAAGCCUUACAAGUGUGACAAAUGUGAUAUAUCUUUUGCAAAGCAUAGAGAUUUGAAACAACACCAAAGAAUUCAUACAGGAGAAACACCUUACAAGUGUGACACAUGUGGUAAAUGUUUCACAUCACUUGCUUGUUUAAAGAGACACCUUAGACUGCAUAUACAAGAAACACCUUGCAAGUGUGACAUAUGUGGGAAAUGUUUCACACAGCUUGCUGAACUUAAGAUUCACCUUAGAGGUCAUACAGGAGAAAAGCCUUACAAGUGUGACACAUGUGGUAAAUGUUUCACAUAUUUUGCUUGUUUAAAGAGACACCUUAGACUGCAUAUACAAGAAACACCUUAAAUAAACACCAAAGAGUUCAUACAGGAGAAAAGCCUUACAAGUGUGUCUAAUGUGGUAAAUGUUUCACACAGACCUCAAACUUACAAAGGCACCAUAAAAUUCAUAAAGAUGAGUAUUGAGUGUGGGCAGUGUUUCUGCACCCUCAAAAUACUCCAAGUAUUAAAGAACCCACAAAUUAAAUAUAUCUCUGCACAUCUGUUUGAAAAAAACAUGGUUUUUUGGUUUCAUCUGAUAUGAUAUGCACAGUUGAUCAUAGUUGAUGACCAUCAUGACCCUUGCUUUGUGAGAGAACAUUGUUGAAAUUUUUAUUAAUCAUACUUUGAUCUGUUAGUAUUAAAUUUGUCAAUAUCAAGCUAUUCUUUGCUAAUUUUUAAAAAGAUUGUCACAACAUAUAAGAUACUUUGUACACUCUUACUCAGUUCCAUUUUAGUUCAAGGUAGUGGUGUGAAGUAUGUUAUAUUAAAGUCAAAGACAUGCAAAUGCAUCAGGUGUAAGCUAUUAUUUCUUACACAUCUUAGAGACCAAUGCUUUAACCUACGAGAGAAAGUUUAUUUUAUAUUCUUACAUUUGAAUUAUAUGCACAUUAGUUUAAAGUUAAAGCUUUUUUACAGUUCAUCUAUUUUUAUCUAAUGUUUGAUUUAUGUGGUCUCUAUGGAAGUGUGUCUGUGUGACUAAGUGUAUGCAACUCUGUGAAAGUGCAUUUAACUAGACAUUGUAUACAAUUUGAGAUUUAUCAUAAGUUAAUGAGUGAGGAUAACAAGUAAUCAAUCAUCUGCUCUAGUUAGUGAUGACAUUUGCACCUGAUCAUGAUUUUUUAAAUAAAACAAAAUCCACAAUUUAUUAACAAAUAGCAAACAUUUCUGGCCUAUUUUUUUCAAAGGGUAAAAAAGCAAACUGGCUGCAGGUGAUGCUUGCGCAACUCAGGUUACU